AUGAUGUUGGAUGCGACUCCUACGAAAGACAACUUGCCUACAAGUUAUUAUGAUGCAAAGAGGUUGGUGUCGAAGUUGGGUUUAAAAGUACGAAAGAUUGAUUGUUGCAUAAAUGGAUGUAUGUUGUUUUAUGACAAUGAGUUUGGUAUUAAUGAUGAGGCGCUGGAGGAAUGUAAGUUAUGUAGUAGUCUGAGAUAUCAAGUUCGUAGUAAAACCAUUAACCGUAAACAAAAACGUGUAGCAGUGAAGUCCAUGUUUUAUUUGCCGAUAAUACCAAGGUUAAAAAGAUUGUUUGCUUCAAUGCAUAGUGCAAGUCAAAUGACAUGGCAUCAUACAAACAAAACAUGUUCAGGCAUUAUGUGGCAUCCAUCUGACGGUGAGGCAUGGAAACAUUUUGAUAGGGUACAUUUUGAUUUUGCUGGAGAACCUAGAAAUGUCAGGUUCGGACUAUGCUCUGAUGGUUUUACUCCAUACGUCCAAGCAUCUGCAAUUGCAUAUUCAUGUUGGCUAGUCAUCGUAACCCCUUACAACUUCCCUCCAGAGAUGUGCAUGACAAAACCAUACAUGUUUUUGACUUGCCUCAUUCCAGGACCGUCAAGUCCUAAAUCUGGAAUCGACGUUUAUUUGCAACCUUUAAUAGAUGAUUUGAAGAGGUUGUAG